AUGAAACAGAACGUCCUCGUCAUCAUUGGUGCUGGAGGCUUAGGUCUCGCCGCAGCUCGACGUCUCGGUAGCGGUCGACAUACCCUUCUAGCCAGCUACUCCGCUAGAACCAUCUCCUUUGCCCAACAGUCUCUCCAGGACGAGGGAUACUCAGUCUCAAGCAUCCAUGUUGACAUAUCCUCGUACGACUCUGUCAAGAAAGUAGCAGAUGCAGCUUCUGCACUUGGUCACAUCGAUGCCAUCAUCCUGACCUCGGGUGUAACGCCAGUAUCUGCGAACGCAAAACAGAUCUACGAAGUUGACUUUCUGGGCCACGCCAACGUCAUCGAUGCCUUUCUCCCGAUCGUAUCGCUAGGUACUUCUGUAAUGUGCAUUGCAAGCAUGGCACCAUACUUCGCCGCUGCACUUUCUACGCCUCUCUCCCAGGAACUAGAGAAACAUCUCGCUACCGCUCCGCUCAACAAACUCCUACAAUACCCAGAAAUUGACCUCAGUGAUGGGAAUGAGGGGGCUGGGACAGCUUACAUGAACGCAAAACGUGGGAAUCAGAUUCGUGUAGAGGCUGCUGCUAAAGCCUAUGGGUUGAAGGGAGCCAGAAUCAAUAGUGUAAGCCCUGGAGUGAUCAUGACGAAGCAGGGGAAGUUGGAGCUGGAGGGUCGGCAUGGCCCUGCCAUGAAGGGAUUGAUUGAAAACAGUGCGUUGGGGAGGGCAGCAACUCCAGAGCAGAUUGUGAAUGUGAUAGCGUUCUUGGUUAGUCAAGAGAGUAGUUUUAUCACGGGCGUUGACAUUUUGGCCGAUGGUGGGGCAAUUGCU